AAUCUUUAACCGAUGAACUGUAAACUGAAGUUUAAAGAAAAGUAAAAGCUGAAUACCAUCCUCAUCAUGGAUUUUCUACUUCCAUCCUGACGUCAGGAGCCCUGGAAGCUGCUUACCUUCAACUGCCAAAAACAGUUUCUGAGAGUCACAGUCAGUCUGCCUUCACGGGGUUGUCGACUGGAGCAGAAUGUGAAAGCGUUUGUCGCUUCACACAGUCUAGUGAAUGUCCAUGAAGUAGCAAGCUGGCUUUUGGAAAUGAAUCAGGAACUGCUGUCUGUGGGCAGCAAGAGGCGACGUACUGGAGGCUCUGUGCGAGGUAAUGCUUCCUCCAGCCAAGCAGAUGAGGAGCAAAUGAACAGAGUAGAGGAGGAGGAUGAGCAGCAGCAUUCUCAGCAGCAGGAGGAUCAGCACAUAGUGUUAAAUGGAGAGGUGGAUGGCCCUGGUAGUGUGGAUAGACAUGAUUCCCAACAUGAACAGUUGGAAGAAAAUAAUAACAGCUGCGUUAUAGCAGAUCAGGAGUCUGAGGACCAACCUGAGGACCAUGAGCCAGCAGAGGAUGAGGAGGAAGAUGAGGAACAUGUUUGUGAUGCGGAGGAAGAUGAUGAAGAGGAAAUGGAUCAGGACAGUGAUGACUUUGAACAGUCUGAUGACAGUAGUAGAGAGGGUGAACGCCGAAAUAACAGCGACAUCCCAAAUUCUAACAGUAUAAUGGACAUAACCCUUCACCAAAAGCCUACACCUUUCCAUACAAAAAAGAUGAAGAGAAAGUUGGACCAUGGAUCCGAGGUCCGUUCUUUCUCUUUGGGAAAGAAACCCUGCAAAGGCUCAGAGUACACAAGUACUACAGGUCUUGUGCCAUGUUCAGCAACGCCUACAACAUUUGGUGACCUACGGGCAGCAAAUGGACAAGGUCAGCAGAGACGUAGAAUUACAUCAGUACAACCCCCCACAGGCCUGCAAGAAUGGCUGAAAAUGUUCCAGAGUUGGAGCGGACCGGAAAAGCUGCUGGCCCUGGAUGAACUUAUAGACAGUUGUGAACCAACUCAAGUAAAGCAUAUGAUGCAAGUUAUUGAGCCUCAGUUUCAGCGGGACUUUAUUUCUUUACUGCCUAAAGAGCUGGCGUUGUAUGUUCUAUCCUUUCUUGAGCCUAAGGAUCUCCUUCAAGCAGCACAGACGUGUCGGUACUGGCGAAUCCUGGCUGAAGACAACCUUUUAUGGAGGGAAAAAUGUAAAGAAGAUGGUAUUGAUGAACCUUUACAUAUAAAGAGAAGGAAAGUGCUAAAACCAGGUUUCACGCACAGUCCAUGGAAAAGCGCUUAUAUUAGGCAGCACCGAAUCGAUACUAACUGGCGACGAGGUGAACUUAAGUCCCCAAAGGUGCUGAAAGGUCACGAUGAUCAUGUAAUUACAUGCCUCCAGUUUUGUGGUAACCGAAUAGUUAGCGGCUCUGAUGACAACACUUUAAAAGUUUGGUCAGCAGUUACUGGAAAGUGUCUGAGAACGCUGGUUGGACAUACGGGUGGUGUCUGGUCAUCUCAGAUGAGAGAUAACAUCAUUAUCAGCGGUUCCACAGACAGAACGUUAAAAGUAUGGAAUGCAGAGACUGGGGAAUGUAUACACACACUAUAUGGGCAUACCUCCACUGUGCGAUGCAUGCAUCUACAUGAAAAAAGGGUAGUAAGCGGGUCACGAGAUGCCACCCUUCGAGUCUGGGAUAUUGAAACAGGCCAGUGCUUGCAUGUUCUGAUGGGGCAUGUAGCGGCUGUCCGCUGUGUUCAGUACGAUGGACGCAGGGUAGUCAGCGGAGCUUACGAUUUCAUGGUUAAAGUCUGGGAUCCAGAGACCGAAACCUGUUUACACACACUGCAAGGCCACACAAACAGAGUCUAUUCUCUACAGUUUGAUGGCAUCCAUGUAGUUAGUGGAUCUUUGGAUACCUCAAUAAGAGUCUGGGAUGUGGAGACUGGAAACUGUAUCCACACGUUAACUGGACACCAAUCAUUAACCAGUGGGAUGGAACUUAAGGAUAACAUUCUUGUCUCGGGAAAUGCGGAUUCUACUGUUAAAAUAUGGGACAUUAAAACAGGACAGUGUUUACAAACAUUGCAAGGUCCCAACAAACAUCAAAGUGCUGUGACCUGUUUACAGUUUAACAAGAACUUUGUAAUAACCAGCUCAGAUGAUGGGACUGUAAAACUGUGGGACUUGAAAACGGGUGAAUUUAUUCGGAACCUGGUCACAUUGGAAAGUGGUGGAAGUGGAGGUGUUGUGUGGCGAAUUCGAGCCUCCAAUACAAAGCUUGUGUGUGCUGUUGGAAGUAGAAAUGGGACUGAAGAGACAAAGCUGCUGGUGCUGGACUUUGAUGUGGACAUGAAGUGAAGGCUGGGGAAAUUAAUUUGUCCAAAUUUUACAGACUAUGUAACACCCUCCUUUUUAUUUUUGGCUCCCAUUUCUUACCUAGUCCUUCCCUCCAAAAAUAUCCAUUGGCCUCUGUUAACAGGAUCUCAGCUUUGGGCAACAUGACGCAGACCUACAUAUGGCAGAAGACAUCUUGUCACAGACAGACAUGACGUUUUGAUGUGGACUACCUUUUUCUUUUGUGAAAAGGAGGACUCUCAAAAUGAAACCAGGUGCAAUUCUUUCCGAAUAACGUCUCCAAUUUGUUCACAAGGCAGCACCAGUAGUCUACAUGAGAUUCGGUGGACUGUCCUUAAAGCUAGACCUUGGCUUACAGCUUCACAAAUCGCUGGUUGAAUUUGCAAGAGAGCAGUUGCAACAAAGUCAUUUUCUCUUUUUUGGAAAUGCUGAAAAAAAAAAUUACUGUGAAUUGUUUUUGUACAGUUCUGUCACUUUUUUUUUUUUUUGCCGACUAUUGCCAAUGUCAGUCAAUCACAGUAUUAGCCUCUGUUUCUCUCUUUACUGUUGCUUCCAUCUACACUAUUCAAUGCAUACAUUGCUCUGGGGUGGCAAGCUUGUCUUUAUGUUCUCAGAUGGAUAUAAAUCUUGAUGCUGGUGCUAGCAGUAGGUCUUUAUAAAUGGGAUUGUUGUCCCACAGCUGUACUGUAUUCCCAGUGGCCAAACAUAUUUAUGCUGCUAAAUGAAAGGAGAAAAAAAAAGCAAAUUUUUUUUAUUAUUAUUUUACUGCUGUGACGUUUUAGUCCCAGACUGAAUUCCAAAUUUCUUCUAGUUUGGAUACAGAAAAAAGACUUUUUGCCACUGAAAUUUGUGUCCAUGGUGCCUCUAAGAGGCCGUAAUUGGGACAGUUUCAGAAAAUUGAGUGAAGUUUGCUUGCAAAAGAAAAUUAAUAAAAAUAUGAGUCUGUGCAAAGCUUAUUUUUCUUGUUUUUGAGCAAAAUGUAAACACAUUCCUUGGAACAAAGCUGUUGUAGCCUGUUCUGUUGGGAACUUUUUGUUGUGAGGCUGUGGUGAAUGUAACAAAAAUGCAUUACAACUGACAAAAACAUGUUUUAAAAACAAAACAACCAAGAAAAAAACAAUUUGCUGGUAAGGCUCAACAAAUGACAGUAUUCGAGGGGUAGACAGCUGUUACAGUUAAAUAGGGCAUGUGGAUGAGUGAAGCAAAGAA